AUGGCCUCAGGAAAGCAUCUGCUCGUGCAAACACACGAAACUACUCGAUGGCAUCAAUCCUUCUUCCUCGGCACAAUUGAAGGUCUUGGGAGAGUGAAUAGACUCUCGAUGAUAAAGAUAUCAUACCAAAGCCCUCGUUGCACCGUCCCAUCUCUCUUGACUCAGCCGACUCACCAACUGAGACUGACCUACGACAUCGCAGCCAUCCAACCAAAACAUAACCUUUCAUACUGCUCGCCAUCAACGUCUUCUACGAAGAUAAUCUACGUUCAAGCCCAUCCAAUGUAUCUCAGUGGCUUUGACAGGAUGGCCUAUUUUGCCACCAUCUGCCACAUGACACCCCGCUCCGCGCCGUGGCCGCAGGAUCGUUUCUUCGGCCGGGGAGAUAUGAUACUUGGCCACACACCUGGAAGCAAAUCGUGGUCUUUUGAACGUACGUUCCGGUCCGCCUGCUUAUGUUAUGUCUCACGCAUGCUGCUAGCUGCGUAG